UUUGUAGUACAUGUGCGGGAAUUCUAUAAUCUAAAUGAUCUUCAAAUGAUAAUUGCUUUAACUGUAAUAUGUCUGUACAGAAGCUAAAGAAAUCUCAGAAAGAUAUUGCUGUAUCAAAUGGAUCAGUGUCUGCGGUAGUGAAAAAGGCUUUCAAGAAAAAUUCCAGUUGGGAAGAUAAGGAUGAAUUCCUUGAUGUAAUAUACUGGUUUAGACAAGUGUUAGCAAUUAUUUUAGGCAUUAUUUGGGGUCUGCUACCUUUGAAAGGAAUCCUUGCUAUAGCACUAUUUGCCCUUAUAAAUGCUGGUGUUUUGUACAUAUACUUCACAAACUUUCAAAAGAUUGAUGAAGAAGAAUAUGGUGGACCAUGGGAACUGACUAAAGAAGGUUUUAUGACAUCAUUUGCCUUAUUUUUGGUUAUCUGGAUUAUAUUUUACUCUGCUGUCCACUUUCCUUGAUGUUGUUAAUGGACUCUGUUGUACAUCAUUACUGGAGAAUGAGGAAGAUGUGAUCACUAGCAUCAUCUCACUGUAGUUAAGGACCCAGUUUUUCAUCAUAAUCGUCAAGUGAAUAAUACCAUUGUAUAUGAGUUCUGGGCCAGAACUGCACCUUCUGUAUACCUAAUAUACUGGCAAUUUCCUCCAUGAUGCCACCAAGCCUAAAACUUUGACAGAAUACAACAUUAAGAUAAUUCUGAGUUAAAGGAGUGUCAUGAAAUCUAAUUCCCUAUAAUUUUAGACAAAGUUGGUAAAAUUUUAUGUAUAGAGAAAGCUUGUUUAUAUGUAACUAAUUUCUCUAACUCUUAAGAUAUGAUGUGUGAUUCUUCCUUCCAGCUCUAUGGUUUGUCCUUGUAAAAAAAUAAUGAAGAAAAGUUGGUUUACAUCAACUUAAGAUAAAU